CUUUAUGAUAUUUCCUGCGUUGCUUCUUCUGCUUCUAAGGUCGUUGCUAAUGCCUCCAAAAUAUUUGCCAAUGAUUUGAAGAAAAACAUCAAUGAUUCUUAUAUUCUCAGUCAAAUCUCGGCUAAUGACAAGAAUAUUCUAAACUCGAUAUUGGUUAAAACUCAUGAGAAUAAAAAAGACAUAUUUGAUAUAGCCAAAUUUAAAUCAAAUUCCAUCAAGUCUUCAUUGAUUAAACAGUAUCCUAACAAUACUCUCUAUAAUGACAUCAAUAAAACUAUUAGUAAGAGAUUGUUUUCGACUUAUUCAGCUACAUUAAAUAAGUCAGAGAAUAACCACUAUGAUAAUACUCUCGUUGACAGCAAUGACCAAUCGAUAAUUGGAGAAAAAGUCAAGCCAAAAAUCGAAAUGACAAGUUCAUCAAUCCCAACCUCGAGAUUAGGGAGAUUGUUUCAUUAUGGAAGUUUAGCUGCUGGUGUAACUUAUGGCGCCGCUACCGAAGGUAUUAAACGAAUGGCUUCUUCUGAUCCAAAUCAAUCGACCUCUUUGAAUUCAUUAAUUUUGUCACCCAAGAACAUUGAACGAAUGGCUAAGAAAUUUUCCAAAAUGCGAGGCGCUGCUUUAAAAAUCGGACAGAUGAUGUCUUUUCAAGAUGCUUCAAUUUUACCUCCAGAAAUUCAGCAAAUUUUAUUGAGAGUUCAAAGCUCUGCCCAUUUUAUGCCUCCAGGUCAAUUAGAACAAGUUAUGUCUACUGAUUUGGGAAAGGACUGGAAACCAAGAUUGUUUUCUUCGUUUAAUGAUAUCCCAAUAGCUGCCGCUUCAAUUGGUCAAGUUCAUUCCGCUGUCACCAAAGAUAAUCAUUUAUCAGUGGUUGUUAAAGUCCAAUACCCAGGUGUUGCUGAAUCAAUUGACUCAGAUUUGAAUAAUAUUUUAUUAUUACUUACUGCCUCAAGAAUAUUGCCCGAUGGUUUAUUUUUAGAAAGGUCUGUAGCUAAUGCCAGAGUUGAAUUAAAAUGGGAAUGCGAUUAUAUUCGCGAAGCUCAAAAUUUAGUUAGAUUUCACGACUUGUUGAGAAAUGAUGAUGUAUUCCAAGUUCCAAAAGUUAUUCAUAAUUUGUCAACUGACCAUGUUUUAACAAUGGAAUAUAUGGAUGGUGUUGAAAUUAUCAAGGGCAACUGGUCCCAAGAAACCAAAAAUUUCAUUGCAACAAAUAUUAUGAGAUUGUGUUUAACUGAAAUUGCUCAAUUCAAAUUUAUGCAAACUGAUCCAAAUUGGGCCAAUUUUCUUUAUAAUGAAAAAACAAAAAAGAUUCAAUUGUUAGAUUUUGGUGCUUCAAGAGAUUUCGAUAAUAAAUUUAUUUACAAUUAUUUGCAGACUUUACGAGCCGCAUGUAAAAGAGAUCGUGAGAUGGUCCAUCAUUAUUCAAAAGAAUUGGGAUAUUUGACAGGUUUUGAAACUCAGCAAAUGGUUAAUGCUCAUGUUGAUUCUGUCAUGGUUCUUGCUGAACCCUUUUCUGAUGCAUUGAAUAAGGGUGAUCCUUAUGAUUUUAGUAAACAGACCGUCACUGAUAGAGUAACCUCAAAUAUUAGCUUGAUGUUAAAUGAAAGAUUGGCUCCGCCACCUGAAGAAACUUAUAGUUUGCAUAGAAAAUUCAGUGGAGUUUUUCUCUUAUGUUCAAGAUUGGGUGCCACAGUUCCUUGUGAACAAUUGUUCAAGGAAAUUAUUGGUUUUGAUGAAUAGUUUUAUUUUUUAUCCAUAUAUAAAUAGUUAGUUUACAUGAUCUUAUACAUAUAACUUUUACUUGUUUAAUAUUACAACGAUUUUUUAAGAAGUUAAACAAACUAGGAC